GCUGGGUGUACGUGCUGCACCCCACACCUGAGCUCUGGACACUGAACCUGCCACACCGCACCCAGAUCCUCUACUCCACCGACAUUGCCCUGCUCACCAUGAUGCUGGAGCUUCGGCCAGGCUCUGUGGUCUGUGAAUCGGGGUCUUUCUGGGGGUGUUGACCGCAGGGAGUGAGGGCAGAAGCAAGGAAGCCGCCAGGGCCUCGCUCCACGCGGCUGAAAAGUGCUGUCGGCGAGCGUGCUUCUGGGCUCCUCUGAUGCGCCAGCUUCCCUGCUAGGAACCAUGGCUACAGCCGUGACCAGACAGACCAAGUUUCUGCUUCUCAAAGGGGACAGACAGGAAGCCCACUGUGACCGUUACGGUGUUGUUGAUUGCUGGGGGGCUUGGGGAACAGGGCUGCGUGUUUGAGGGUGACUCAGAGAGGGGUCCCUCCAGCUAGGGGUGUCAGGGAGGACCUCUCUGAGGAGGGAGCAGUGAGUUGAAUGUGGUUGAAUGUGAUGGGAAGGCGAUACCAAGAGCCAAAGGGGAGGGUCACCCCAGGGAGAGUCUUGCAGAGACCCUGCGCGAGGGGCCGUCAAGGAGACCAGCGUGGCAGGAGCAGGGAUGAGGUCAGGGAGGAAGGGGGUGCUGCUCGGGAGUCACGAGGAGUCCGACUCCGCCGUGCGUGGAAAGGGCAGAGGCCUGGUCUGACCGCGGGGAGAGAGAAUCCGCGGCUGUGUUGAGGUGGACUGAAGGCGGGGGUCAGGGGCUGUUACGGGGAGCCGGGAGCGGGGCCUGGGCGGGCACGGCAGGCAGGUGGGGAGAAGGGCUCCCAGAGAGAUGGGGGAGGAGGUGCAGGAGUUACCUGUGGGGAAGGGGAGGGCUCCUCCGAGGCGUCUGGCUGGGCAGUCAUGUCACCAGCUGGUUCGGGAGGCUUGGCAGGGAGUGGAUUUGGGCUGGAUCGGGUCCAGCUCUGCACCUGUAAAUGCUGGGCGCUGUUUGCGGUCGCGGGGGAGGUGAUCGGUGUGCAGUGGGCGCCCGGGCGUCUUCGUGAGGCCUGGCGCCUGGAGCAGCGAGGUGGGGGAAGGUCACGGGGGGUGACCGGAGGACGCAGGCCCGGCUGGACACUGCAGGACAGGAAGGCUGGCAGAGGGGCAGCCGUGAAGGAAGCUGAGGAGUGGCCCGUGAGGCUGGGGGAAAACAGAGACGAUGACGUGGGGGGCACAUUGGUCACCAUGUCUCUGGUCGCGCAAGGCACCGGCAGCGGCUCCGUGUCGCACGCCAUCAUCCGCACCAUCGCACCCACGGGCCACCUGCACACGGUGGAGUUCCACCAGCAGCGGGCGGAGAAGGCUCGGGAGGAGUUCCAGGAGCAUGGCGUGGGCCGAUGGGUGACCGUGCGCACCCAGGACGUGUGCCGCAGCGGCUUCGGCGUGAGCCGCGAGGCGGACGCUGUCUUCCUGGACAUCCCCUCGCCUUGGGAGGCCGUGGGCCAUGCCUGGGACGCCCUGAAGGUUGAAGGCGGGCGCUUCUGCUCCUUCUCCCCGUGCAUCGAGCAGGUGCAGCGCACGUGCCAGGCGCUGGCGGCCUGCGGCUUCUCGGAGCUCAGCACCCUGGAGGUGUUGCCCCAGGUCUACAACGUGCGCACCAUCAGCCUGCCCGCGCCCGACCUGGGGGCCAGUCCGGGCCCCGACGCCGGCCCCUUCCGCAGCGGCAUGCCCAUGAAGGAGACCGUGGGCCACACCGGCUACCUGACCUUUGCCACCAAGACCCCGGGCUAGUGAGCCGCCUGCAGGAGCUCCAGGGAGCUGGGAGCACCGCGGGGCCGGACGGGGAGGCGAAGCUCGGCCAGAGGCUGCCUUAUAUGGUCGGCGGGUGCCAGCCGGGGCCUGUGUUUAGAAACCGACGGACGCGGGGUGGGGCGGGGCCGGGGGCCUCCCGGGCGGCUGAGUGGGGCUGCCACGGUGGAACAGCAUCCGGCCCCCGGGGAGGGAGGCCUCCCGCCCACGUCACCGCCGUGGUCAGCGUCCCCGUCCUGCUGCUCUUUGUUGCCACUCACCGUCUCCACUGCCAUAGGCUCUCCUGGAUGUUGAGGCCCGAGAGUACAGGUGGCGGGGUGCAGGUCUGACCCUUCCCAGGUGGCCCCAAACGAGGAGGGAGGAAACGGGGGUUGCAAAGACCCGGAGGAGGAGGGCCAGGGACCCCCAUGGUCCAGCUGCCCGGCAUCUGAGGCGACCCCGCUGUGUGGCCUCAGGUUUGACCCCACCCCUCUGGGCAGUGCACAGGCCGCGUGGGCAUGUCCCCAGAUUCCCGCUGGCGAAGGGCCGGGGCAGCCCCGCUGAUUCGCUUCUGCCUCUGGGAAGUACCUCUGCGGCCCUGGCCCAGCCAGAGCCCUCUCGUGUCGAUGCGUGCGAACACGCAGCGUCAUGUAGGGAAGAGCUGGGCAGGGCGGGAACGUGCUUCCGGUGGCUGGCCAGUCGGGUCAGAGCCACUCGGUGCCCCUGCCGCUCACAGGAGCCGCAGGGAUGUGGGAAUGGGGGCGUGCACCCAGGAUGGAGGGGGCGACGCCAACCCUGCCCUGGCCUGCUCUCCAGCUCUGGUGCACGGCUGGCAUCCCUCCCGCCCUGCUGCUCGAAGGGCCUGGGUGCCUGCCCUUGGCCUCAGCCAGCCGUCAGGAGACUCGGUGACCCCAGGUCGGCGCGAGAGCCCCAGGGUACCGGGCUGGCCUGAGGCUGGUCCCCGACCACCCCUGGCAGAGAAAUAAAACACUGUUGCCCCUGC